ACCAACACUAUGACAAAUAUAUCCAAAGACAAAAUAGAUCAACUUAUUUUAAACUACUUCAUUCAAGAAGGCUAUCAAGAAGCAGCUAUCAGUUUUUCAAAGGAGUUAAAUAUUGAUAUCACCAAAAAUGCACCCCCUGUUCACAACACUGCCCGUAGCACAGUUAAAGAGAACUCAUUUAUAAAUCAAUUAGGAAGAAUUAAUAAAUUAGACGAGAAUGAGUUUUCCGAUGUUGCUAUUGAUUAUUUCAAUAGAGAGGAAAGUACUCCCAUGGUUAAGACUGCUUCAUUAGGCACCAAGCUUGAUCAUAUGGGAGGAUCUAAAUUAAUUGCAGGGUAUUCAACAAUUAUACCACGACAAGAAAUUAAAUUACUAAUAUUAAAAGGAUCAAUUACGGAAGCUAUCAAGAAAAUCAGCGAACAUUUCCCUACAAUAUUAGAUCUUAAUAACUUAUUGCACUUUAAAUUACUAAGAUUAAACUUGGUGGAAAUGAUUAGAAAUCACAAGUUAACCAAGAAUAUGAAUCAAGAUGAACGACAAUUUCUUGAUGAAAUUCUAACGUUUGUACGAGAAAACUUGAUUAAUAAAGUUUCCAACUCUUUCAAAUUACUCAAAGAAUUGGAAAUCACCAUGAGUUUGUUAUGUUUUAAUUUUGAUCCAAAUGUCCCAAAUAUCGAAGAUCAAAAGGACUUACCUCAGGAAUUACGCAAUUUAUUUAACUUGUCUUUGAGAAAUCAAUGUUAUAGACUAGUUAACAAGGCCAUUUUGAAUCUUUACGAUUUUGAUGAUGAAGAGAACAAGUUUGAAACCAUAGCCAAUAAUAAUGAAGAUCAAUGGAAAAAAGAUAACAUGCAAAUAUACAAAGGACCUAAGUUUUUUGAAUUUGAUUUAUCAAAUUUGGACAAGUACGAAGAAGAAGAGGAUGAUAUUAUGGAGGCUGAUAAUGGAGAAGAUGAGGAUAUUCAAUAUAUAAUUAACUCAAACAACGGUGGUGGAAUUAAUUUGAAUGACAAUAAUACUAGUUCCAAUGAUAAAGACGGUACUACCGUUGAAGAAGAGAUUAAUAAGUUACAAAGUUUAUCCUUGGAAUCAAAAUUAGAAAGAAUUGUUAAACUUUGGACAAUAACUGAACAAAGAUUGAUGGAUUUGAAUAUAAUUAAAGAAAAGAGGUAUGUUCUUAAUGAAGAAUAUUUAUAGGAACGUAUAAUGAAUAUCAUAUUGAAAUGUACAAGUACAUAAAUGUGACAGUAAUGGCAUUUCUAAGCUUAAGGACAAUCAGUGCUAUACAAGUAUGACACUAUCAAUGACAUUCCCAGUUUCAAUUUGACAUUUACUCAAAUAGUUGUUGUUCUCUGCUUUUGGAACUAAUUGAUUCUUGUUAUUGUAAAUCACAACAUCAUCAAUAGUUAUACUAUGGUUAUCUAGAUGUUUAUAAGCAUCAGACUCUUUGAAAAUAUUUAAAGUUUUAUUUCUUAAAUGUUCAAUCGUUGAACCUAAUUCUGGUUCUUCGUUCAUUUCGAAAUCUUCAGGACUGAAUUCAAAAUAGUACUUGACAAACUUCUCCAACAAGAAUAUCUCGGUGCUUAAUUGGGUCAACCUGUUCCAGUACAAAACAUUAUACUUGGACUUUUGUUUCAAUUCAUAGUAUUCCUUCAAUUUGUCUUGGUCAGAUUUCUUGAUUACAUUCAAUCUAAUAUGGACAUGAGCGCAAUGAAUAGGAAUUUCAGUAAAGAUAUCCUUGGCGUGAUACUCCCAUAAGUUUAAGUAUAUCCCACUCCAGUAAAUAGUUUCAUAACUAAUUAAUCCAAUGGAAACUAUAACCAACAACUCAGUGAUAAACUUGGAAGCUGGGGUAGCUAGCAAAUCAGCAGUAAAUGAGUUUUUCAACAACUGGGUAGUUAGAAAUUGAUCAAAUUCAUACAAUAAUUCAAUUACGGUGGUCAUAGUUUUCGCCUAAUAUUACUUGCCCUGGUAUAUU